GCCUCUGUUUUUGUUGGAAACCACAUUUUAUAAUAAAAUAUUUGUUAAAAGUAAAGACAAAGACCUCGUCUUCCGAAACACCGUGGGAGGUUUAACUAGUGUAGUUAGUAGUUAUCUCAGUCUCCUUAUAUAUUAACUUCUCUCUCCCUAUAUGAUAAGGUUAACUUCUCACUCUUAUUCUAUAUCCAUACACGUGACACAAUACGCAGUCGUUUUAACCACACUCGUAUACUGUACUGUUCUCUUACAACCGCUUGGGAAUAAUCAUGUCAUUUCCCGGCGAACCCAUUCAUAUUCCGGACGAAUUUUCAGGCGAUUUUACUCACCAGGUUCCGUUUGUGAAUUCCAAUCCUCAACUCCAUCUCGCGAAUCUUUUCUCGGUCCAAGAGAGAAUGGAAUCUGUACAUCGAUUCUUAUCGGAAUCGGUCAACGCCAACGCUUCUCUCAGCUUUGGCCAGAUGACUAUGGUCUCCACAGAGAUCUUCUCCGCUAUUCAACAGGUAAUCAACGACGGUUCGGCGCUUAUUGCUCUAUCUCAGGUCCCAAUCGCCGCUGCCUCUGCCGCUGCUUCCGAUGUUUCCAAACCAAUCGUAGAUGUGAAAGCAGAGUCGUUCGAGGGGGAAACGAAGAAGGAAGAAGAAAUUGACGGUGGUGACGGAGAUUUCGAGGUCGUCGAGCUCGAUUCAGUCGAAUUGCUCGCCGAACAUAUCCAUUUUUGUGAGAUCUGUGGGAAAGGAUUUAAGCGAGAUGCGAAUCUGAGGAUGCACAUGAGGGCGCACGGUAACCAGUACAAGACUCCAGAGGCUUUGAGCAAACCGGCUGAACGAAUCACCGAACCGGAUCGGAAAGGUCCGGUCCGAUUCUCCUGCCCUCACGUCGGCUGCAACCGAAACAAGACUCACAAGAAGUUCCGGCCUCUGAAAUCAGCUAUCUGUGCCAAGAAUCACUUCCGGCGGAGCCAUUGCCCGAAGAUGUACUCCUGUAAUCGUUGCAACAAGAAGAAAUUCUCAGUUCUGGCGGACUUGAAAAGCCAUAUAAAGAAUUGCGGAGAGGUUCGGUGGCGAUGCACGUGCGGGACCACUUUCUCGCGCAAGGACAAGCUCUUCGGUCACAUGGCUCUGUUCGAGGGGCACAUGCCGGCGGUAAUGGACGAUGGUGAUCGAAGCGAGAAGGGGAAGACGCCAAUAUUGAAUGGUAGGGAAGGGGAUGAGGAUAUGGAUGAUGGAAUGAGUUUCAGGGAUGACGAUGAGCUUUUCGAGGGCCUUCUCGAUGGGUUCGGAUGCCCAAUUCAGGGUUUCACUCUACAAGAUGUUUUGGGGUCUCCGACUGAAUUUUGAUACACCAGAGUAUAAUCAAGAUCUGAGCCUGACACUCCUUCAGUUGUUUGGAUUCUUCACAAUCUUACACAUUAUGAUUGAGUACUAACUUGUUAUGGGUGAGCAUGCACUCAAUCACUAAGGCUCAAAGUUUUAAGUGAUGAACACUCUUGGAUUUCAAAAUUAGGAAGAAGAAGAAGAAGUGUCAAAACUCUCUAGUUGUCUGAUAAGAUGUAAACUAGGUUUAAAGUCAUUAGUUGGAUUAUGAGAUUAUUUUUUUCUUUUUAUACUAAUUCACUUAGGGUUAGGAUUGAAUUAUAUGGAAUAAAAAAAUGAUAAAAUAAUAGCUAAAUAAUCCCUAUAGUGGCCGACCAUGAGAGUGGGCCCCACUAAUUAUAUUUUUGCUAUUUUUUUUAACCAUUUAUCUAUUAUUUCACAGAUGUCAUAUAUUCCAAUUUCAAUCAUAUAAAUGCUAAAAUUAUUUAUUUAAUAA